UCUUGAGUCCGAAACAUUCAAAUUAAAUUUAGGACUGGAGAUUUUGUCUUUUGUAGUAAAGUUUAUACCCUAGUCUUUGAAUCCCAACUCGAUACUUUCCCCGCGAAUGUGAGCUUGCAGUUACCCUUUGCACUAAGUUUUGUAAUUUAAAUUUGUCAAUGUGGAUGCGAAUGGUGUGGCCUGUGGUGAAGAUGGUAUUCUGCCAAGCGUUGUGGACCUUAUGACGAUCAGUUGAUGUCAAAGCCAUCAAGUAGAAUUCAUUUGCGAGGGAUACAUUCAAUUGCGCAAGCGGCAACUUGCGAAUGGAAAUGUUUGGUGGAGCAAUACGGAUGACCGGUUGUCACAAGAACCCAGCAUGGAUGGCAAUGUUAGCUGGAAUGAUGCCAACCCAGGGAGAUCUUCGGAGCUCGAGCACAUGUGCGCGUUUUCCAACUGAUGUUAAGUUGAGGGCCAUGUCGAUCUCCGCCCACAAUUUUGGAUUUCUGGUUGUGGGCGCCUUGCAGUUCCAUCGCUGGACCACUCUUACGUCCAAUUUCAUCGAGCAAUUGACGGAGAAUAGUAGUCAAAGUUCACAACCGCAGCAGGUAUCUGGAGUAAUAGGGGAGAACUGUUUUCAAGUACCUCUAGAAGUUUAUCAUGGUCGUCAAAUUCUUGGCAAGACUGGGGCACAGUUAUUGGGUACAGGCAUUUCGCUGUAUUCUCCAUGGAAAACCAUAGUCAAAUUUGUAGAAGGGAGGAGAAAAAGCAGACGCAGGAGUAUUGUCACUGCAGCGUCAACGGGUGAUGAAAACGAUACGUCUUCUGCCAACACGAUUACUGGCUAUGGAAUCGGGUCCAGGAGCCGCAAUUGGACAAACAUAAUUCUUGGCGUGAAUCUUUUAAUGUUUGGCGCUCAAAUAGCAUCUCAAGGUCAACUUCUUUUACUAGGCGCCAAGGUCAACAGCUUGAUAGAUAAAGGUCAAUGGUGGAGAUUUGUUACACCGUCAGUACUUCAUGCCAACAUUAUGCAUCUUCUGGUGAAUUGUUAUUCCUUGAAUUCUGUAGGUCCAACAGUGGAAUCACUGAGUGGAGGAAAGCGAUUUCUUGCAAUCUAUGCUGUCUCCGCCAUCGCAAGCAGUGGGUUAAGCUACACGCUUUGUACAGCGCCUUCGGUCGGAGCAUCAGGAGCAAUAUUUGGUCUUGUUGGUGCAUUGGCAGUAUUUCUAGCACGUCAUAAGACUCUCAUGAUUGGUGGAGAUCAAAGUCUAGCUCAAGUAGCCCGUGUCAUCGCUAUAAACCUGGGAUUUGGCUUACUGUCUAGUGGCAUUGAUAAUUGGGGCCAUGUUGGGGGAUUGUUUGGAGGAGCUGCUGUAGCUUGGUUACUUGGACCUGCGUUCUCUUUCGAAUAUGCACCGAAGCUUGGAAAGAAAUUACUUCUCGAUCGGCCACCAAUUGCCAAAUUGUUGUCUCCCUGGUCUAAAGAGAAAAGUGACCAAUAAGCAGAAUAUUUGGAUUACGCGAAUUCACUAAACUUACCAGUCAUUACGCUCAACAUGCUGGAAGCAGUUUAAACAUGGAAGCAUGUGAGUGGAAUGAUAGAUGUAUCAGAUUACCUUCAUGUAGUUGAAGAGUUAAUUGAGGAUGCAAUUAUGAGGUUAUUGAACUGUGAGGGAAGCCAAAACAAUAUCUCUUAUAAAUCUCAGGGUAAGUAGUCUUUUAAUGUAUGUAUUCUUGAUUGUGAACUUGGUACAUAAUUGUGUCACAUUGUACACCAUUUGAAACAUUAUCAUUGCUAUAUUAUAUUGCUUA